UGAGUGCAUCAAGCACCAGGUCCAAGUGAAGAAUCCCUACUUGCACACCAUGGAAGAGGACAUUCUCUACCACUUCAACCUGAGCACCAAGACUCACAACCUUCCAGAAAUGUUUGGCGAUACUAAGUUUGUGUGCGUUGGAGGCAGCAUGAAUCGUAUGAAGGCUUUUUCCCAGUUCAUCCACCAGGAGCUGAAACUGCCUGGAAACCCAGAGGAAAUCAGAGACAUAUGUGAGGGAUCUGAUCGCUACUGCAUGUACAAAGUGGGACCAGUGCUCUCUAUAAGUCAUGGUAUGGGUGUCCCAUCCAUCUCCAUUAUGCUUCAUGAGCUCAUCAAACUGCUGCACCAUGCCCAGUGCCGUGAUGUGGUCCUCUUUCGCCUUGGAACAUCUGGUGGAGUCGGACUGGCAGCAGGGACGGUGGUGAUCACAGAUAAAGCGGUGGACUACUCCUUCCGUCCCCAGUUUGAGCAGGUAGUUCUGGGUAAAGUUAUCACCAGGAGUACAGAGCUGGAUGAAGGAUUGGCCAGCGAGCUUUUGCAGUGCUCUUCUGAGCUUCAAAACAUUCCAGCGGUGAUUGGAAACACCAUGUGCACCCAUGACUUCUAUGAAGGUCAAGGCCGACUUGAUGGGGCUCUCUGCUCCUUCUCUCAUGGAGAAAAAAUGGAGUAUCUGAGGAAAGCUUAUGAGGCUGGAGUGAGAAAUAUUGAAAUGGAGUCCACAGUUUUCGCUGCUAUGUGCCAUGUCUGUGGCCUCAAAGCUGCUGUGAUCUGUGUUGUAUUGCUGGACCGCUUUGAAGGAGACCAGAUCACCUCCUCUCAUGAUGUCCUGUUGGAGUACCAGCAGAGACCUCAGAUCCUGGUGUCCCACUUUAUCAAGAAACACCUGGGACUUAUUGUCUGAGACACCUUCAUCUACCUUGCUACUAAAGUGUAUAUAGCUUUGGCUGAUAUCGUAGGUUGAUAUGUGUAUAUACUAUAUUUGAAAUGUUAAUAUAAGCAUUAGAUACUUAUUUAAAACGUCAGCAAUGUUAUGAUU